GAGUGAUUAGACUACUGUUCAUUGCACAUUACCAAACGAAACAGAAAGUCGGUAUAAAAUAUCAAGUGAUUUAUACAAACUCGUUGCAAACAUGUUGUCUACUGACUAUAUAUUGGACAUUUCCUGUAAUCAUAGAAACUGUUUCUGAGCUUUUUCAAAAGAAUGACCUUGAAUGAACAAAAUAAAAAAAUUUACUUCAAAGAGAAAGAAAUAAAAGAUGUUGGACCCUCAGUAGAUUCAGAUGAUAUAGAACAAAGGAUUGCCGCUCGACGCAUAAGAAUACAAAACAGGUUGGAGCGCUUGAGGCAAGUUCUCCAUAUAUAUUAAAUUUUUUUCACACUGAAAUUAGAGGCGACGUUCAUUCUAAUGAAACUAAGUCAAGCGAAAAAGAGGUUGGGUUGGGCAGAUCUCAGAUCGAGCUGAGUAGUAAAAGAAUAUCCAAACUUAUUCGGGAUGGAGACGCUUUUAUAACUAACAUUCGGGUUGCAUGUGAUGCACGUGAAUACUUUAAAAGAACUGAAGACCAUGAACUUAAUCGUAAUAGAAUUCGUGUUUUGGAAGACGAAGCAACGAGAAGCCUGGAAGUAUUCAAUAAACUUAAUAUGUUUGAGUAUGUGUACUUAGGGACAAAACCAACUUAUCCGUCUUAGUUGUAUGAAUCCCGAGGUAAUGUGAAUGGAUAUAGCUAUCUUCAGCUUUCAAAAUGGGUUUUCAUGGAUAACAGAACAAUGGGAAAAAGCUCAGGAAAGUGAAUUAUUAGAUGAAACAAAAGAGAUGUUAGACAAACAAAACACGUUGUGCAAAGAACUUAUAGCUGAGAAAAAUAAGCUGAUUAAUGAAUUGAAUUUAGAAAUUAAAGCUAAAGAUGAUCAUUAUGUAAGAGAAUUAAAGAAACGCACAGAUGAUAUUGAUUUAUUAGCCGAACGAAUGGAAUCACAAAUUAAAGCUAUUCAAAGAACCUAUCGGGAGGAAAUAAUUGCCAUUGAAAAUGCAUUUUUAGAUCAACGAGAAAAAUUAACUAGUGAACAAAACGCUGAAUGGGGAAUGUUGAUGAAUGAAAUCAAACAGAAACAAAUUAAUUAUUUAAAACAACGUGAAGAUCAGGCUAUUGAAUAUGAGAAAGAACUUUAUGAUCUACGUACUAAAUAUUCAGAAGAGUACAAUGCACUGAAAAUAUCAUUAGGCGCUGAAGUCGAGACAUUUGAAAGUCAUUUACAAAAAUUAAAAUCUACAUAUCAAUUGAACUUAGAAAAAUUAGAUUAUAAUUAUCAAGUUUUAAAACGACGUGAUGAAGAGAAUACAGUGCUUAAAUCAAAUCAAAAAAGAAGAAUUACACGUCUACAAGAUACAUUGAAUAAUUUACGUAUAAAAUCAACUAAACAAGAACAACAAUACAAAGUAGAAAAUGAGCAGUUAUCUGAAGAUUAUAAAAGAAGAAUGGAAAAUUAUAGUGAUUUACAAAAGAAAUCAAAAUUGUUAAUAGAUGGUGUACAAAGAAAUUUCCAUGAUAUUUGGAUAAUGAAUGAAGAGAAUUUGAAAAAAUUAGGUAAUCGUCUUCUGGAAGCACAUCGAAUUAUUACUGAACAACAACUUGGCUUAACAUGGAAUCCACCAGAUAUAUCAUUCAUGGAAAAUGUGGGUCCACUGAAACAGAUCACCAAUAAACCUCCAGCUAUCAUUGCAAUGGAAUUAGCCUUACAAUCUGACAAGAAAAACUUUCCAGAUUCACAGAAUGUAACCUCAGGAAAUAAAAUACCUACAACAUUGAAAGAAGUUUCAUCAAAAACUGUACAAGAAUUUUUGCACUUACUGUGUUAUGAGCCUGAAUUUUUAAUUGAUGAAAACAUAAAACGUUUGUUAGAACCGUUAGGAUAUGAAGAAGGGUUACUUCUACGUUUAGAUACAAUACUAACGGUUUUAGGUGUACAAACAGAAGAAGAUUUAAAUAUGUUAUUUACAUAUUUUAUCGAACAACAGAAAGAUAAUAAAUUUCAGCUUAAACGUGUACCUUCAACAAUCAUUGAAGAAUCAAGUGAAUCUGUUCAGAAAUCUCCAUCGAAAUAUACCAGCUCACAAAGUUUACAAGAAUCAUCUGAUAAAAUGAAUGAAACUGUUAAAUUUAUACAAGAUGAAAGUAAUAAAGUUCAAUCAACUGGUAAUGGAAAAUGUUCAGUUAAAAUUGAUCAUUCAGAUGAUGAAAUAAAAACUGAUGAAUCAUCCAUAUCACAUGAAACUAAAAAAUCUUCAUUAAAAUGGAAUUUAAUUUCACCGGUACAUGUGAUUGAUGCAAUAUAUCAAUUUACUGAAGAUAUGCAUAAAUAUGAAGAUUCAAAGGAUAAAAAUCACGUCAAUAAGCAUAAUGAUGUUGAUGAUGAUCGUGGUGUUGAUGACAAUAAUAAUAAAAGUACAAAAUCUACAGAAACUUGUAUUCAAUUAAAUCAUAAAUCCAAAAAUAAUUUACCAUUAAUUACAAUGAAAAAUUUAUCAUCAUUAAAUAAUAUUGAAAUAAAUAAAGAAUCAUUUAAUUCCAAUAAAAUAAAUACAUUUGAUGAUUAUGGAAUUCGUAAUGAUUCAAAUGAUUUAAUCUAUUGGAAUAAAUAUAAACAGAACAUAGUCACUGAAGAAUGGGAAGAAAUAUGGAAUAAUUUAUAUCUAGCUUUAGAAAAAUAUUACAAUGUACUGAAACAUCGAGCCAAAUUAAUACAUGAUACAGAUGGUUUAAGAAAACAAAACGCUGAACUACGACAUUUAUUACAACAAUAUAUGAAUUCCAAGGUUAAUUAUGAAUUACAAAUUCCACCAUCAAAAGUUAUGUCAUUUAUUUGAAACUGGUAUCUAUUUGUGUGUGUGUGUGUGUGCACGUAUGUAUCGUAUAAACAAUACAGAUUUAUCAUUUUGGUUUCUUUAAAUGAAAGUAUUGGAUAAGUAAAUAAACUAUUUCAUAAAUAUGAAUCCAUUUUCUUUUUUGAUAAUUCCAUUUAUUUAAACUGUAAAAUUUUAUUUAUAGUUAUUCUCAUAGAGGGAAAAAUCAUCAAAAAUGAAUUGAUCAUAAUUUUACCUUCCCCCCCCCAUAUUAUCAACUAUGUUUGAGAAAGAGAAAUUUUAAAAAAGUGCCAUAAUUCUAGUUAAUAAUAAUCAUCAUAAGUGUACUUACUCCGUCCAAUUUAUUUCCAAAUGAAACAUUGAAACAUUGAAUUUCUGUUAGGCAUAAAAUGUUUUCUAUUUUACUAGAAAUAAUUGAUUUAUAUGAGUGUGUUCAAAAUAAGAAAAACAACAUUGUAAAUUAUUAUACUCAUACUGUUAUUAAUGAUAUCGGUAAUACAGAAUUUAUUUUCGUUUUAGUGUUUCAUUUCGUGUAUUUAAUUUAAUUGGUUUCAUUAAAA